AUGACAGUUCACGUGUUUUUGCCCUUCAUCCGAUCAUGUGACUUAUUUGCACGCUAUGCCGCAUUGCACCUAGCGCAUUCAAAACAGCUCCCGGCUUCCAACGUCCGCAGACCCAUCGACGGCAACAAUACAAACCCAUCAAACCAUCUCCAGACCCAUCGCAACUCUUCUCUCACCUCCUCGCACACGAGCCUCACGAUGUCCUGGUUACCAAAGAAGUUCCCCACCCCUGUCGCCGGGCCCAUGGCUCCCUUCUACGCUGCCGGUCUCAUCAUCAUGUACGGUGUCAACUCCGCCGCCAACGCCAUGAUGAACAGCGCCGAGUUCAAGAACGACCCCCGCAACCCUCACCUGAAGGACAAGCCCGCGGCGGCCGGCCACUAG